GAGAUCCUCCUGGUCUCAUUUGGAUUCGGCUUUUCUGCGGUUCUUGUGGCGAAAGUAUUGCGCUCGAAGUCCGGGUCAGAUGUAGACUUCCUCCCGUCCGCUCCUGCGUGCGAGUCCAGUUGGAUCUGGGGCCAUGAAAAGGCUAUUGCCAUCGCUGAGGCAAACGUGUUGACGACGAAGUGGAUGAAGUCACUUGGUCCGGUCUACACUCUGGAUUCGGCACUUUUUCAUGGAAAGCAGCUGGUCUGUGCAGACCAUACUGCGGCCCAGUACAUCUUCCAGCAUUCCGACAAAUAUGUGAAGGCCCCAGUUUAUAGGCCUAUCAUCGAGAAAUUGGUCGGGAGAGGUCUUUUAUGGGCUGAAGGAGCGGAACACAAGCGUCAGCGUCGAAUACUGUCCCCAGCCUUCAGCACCGAAAGCAUUCGAGGUAUGGAGAAUGGUGUCUGGGCGUGUACAGAAAGGAUGGAGGAGAGGUUGCUCAAGGCCGCUCCCGGAACCUUUAACAUCGUUCCCUACACCUCGGCUUGCACCUUGGACAUCAUCGGUCGAGUCGCGUUCGGCCACGACUUCGGAUCUGGCCAGAGUGCCGAGGCCAAAGCUAUCGCCGCUGCGUGGAACAAGGAUGUGCAACUCGGACUCACAACUACCGGCGCACUCGCACCCAUGAUCAUACAGUCGUUCCCUUGGAUUACCAGGCUACCGAUCCCUGGCCUUCUGGAGGAAGGUGUCACGAAGUCCAUCACCAGGGAUCUAGCAGCGAAGAUCCUACAGAAGGGAGAUAUUGACGAGAAGGGCAAAGAUAUUCUCUCGUUGUUGGUGAAAGGCGCUGGUGAACAUAUGGCGGAUGAGCAGUUACUGGAUAAUAUUUCAACUUUCAUCAUGGCAGGGCACGAGACAACGACAGCCACACUAAACUUCACGCUCAUGCGAUUGGCCCGUGACAAAUUGAUCCAAAGAAAACUCCGUGAAGAACUCCUUGCUCUUGGUCCCAAUUUCAAUGCCGCCAGCGUCCAAAAAGUAGAAUACCUCGACGCCGUGAUCAGGGAAGGACUUCGACUACACAGCGCCGUUCCCCGCACAGAUCGCCUCGCCCUCGAAGACGACGUUAUUCCUCUGAGCAAACCCGUGAAAACCCUUGAUGGGCGCACUUUGACUUCGCUACAUAUCAAAGUUGGUCAGGUCAUUCAUGUCCCGUUCCUUACGAUGCAACUCCGUGAAGAAGUCUGGGGACCGCAUCCAGAAGAGUUCAGGCCAGAACGCUGGUCAGACGGAAGUCUUCCUCCAGCUAGCGAACUUCCUCACGGCCCUUGGGGUAAUAUCAUCUCCUUCUUGGAUGGACCGCGCAGCUGUAUUGGCUAUCGACUGGCAUUGCUUGAGUUGAAGAUAAUGACGGCUAUGAUCAUACGAUCUUUUGAGCUGCACGAUACAGGGGUGGAGAUUCAACAGGUGUGGUCGCCUUCGUUGCAGCCUGUUGUGGAGGGAAAGGGGGGUGUACUUCCUUUGAGGGUAAUUGCUGUACCACACUAA